AUGGAAGUACUCCGAAAAUCCUUUAAAUACAGCAGCAAUAGCGAUACUUCUGCUAAUCAAUCCCAUAACCUGUCACCGGAAGACGAGCGGUUGGGCCUUUUACUCAGCCAUACCCAUCAAGAAAACCUGAACUUUUCAGGUGCCGGUAAGCCCAAGCCCAACAACAUGUCUUCAUCAUCCGGCGUUUCAUCUACUCCGGCCGAUGUCGUCAUCGACAUCAACCCAACAAAGGUGGAAAAGGAAACCCAACUUUCUACUCCUCCUCGGGAAGAUCAAAAUCAAAGUCAAGCCCAGUUGAGUAACAAUGAAAUCGGCCUUAAAACUAGCCUCUGGAGAGAUUCAAGCUACGAUUUUUCCAACGAUGAAGCCAUGCAGGCCAUUGCUAAUAACGGUAAAGACUUUGAUUUUGGGACGGAAUCACCGCAGUUAUCCAGGAUAACUGAGGAUUCUUUUAAUAAGGCUUCGUUCAAUGAGAAUUAUGUUUCGCCGGAAAAUGUUCGCCACCGGUCUAAUGCAAACGCCGGACCGGAGGAGGUUUUGGUGUGUAGUGGGAACUCAUCGUUCCAGCGAAAAUCGAGUCUUUUAAGGACGAAGACAAAGUCUAGAUUGGAAGACCCGCCGGAGCAAGAUCAACGGUCAGGGAGGAUUGGGAUGAAAUCUGGGGUUUUGGGAAAAUCUAGCGAAAUAGACGAAGAUGACCCUUUUUUGGGGGAUGAUAUACCAGAAGAAUACAAAAAGAUGAAUUAUUUUAGUCCCCUCACUUUGAUUCAGACUGUAAGUUUGAUUGUGAUCUUAGCAGGCUUAGUUUGUAGCCUUGCAAUUCCAAAACUGAAGAAAAUUAAGACAUUUGACUUGGAAUUAUGGAGAUGGGAUUUAUUGGUUUUGGUUUUGAUUUGUGGGAGAUUGGUUUCAGGGUGGGGAAUUAGGGUUGUGGUGUUCUUUAUAGAGAGGAACUUUUUGUUGAGGAAAAGGGUUUUGUAUUUUGUGUAUGGGUUGAGGAAAGCUGUUCAGAAUUGUGUUUGGUUGGCAUUGGUUUUGAUUGCUUGGCAAUUUAUUUUUGAUAAGAAAGUUGAGAGAUUGACUCGUGGAAGCAUUUUGCCUUAUGUGACUAAGAUUUUGGUGUGUCUUUUGGUUGGGACAUUGAUUUGGCUUGUCAAGACAUUGCUUGUUAAGGUUCUGGCUUCUUCGUUUCAUGUUAGUUCAUUUUUCGAUCGGAUUCAGGAGUCUUUGUUUAAUCAGUAUGUUAUUAAGACAUUGUCUGGACCUCCAUUGGUUGAGAUUCAAAUGGAGCAAGAAGAGGAGGAAACGGUAAUUGCUGAAGUUCAGAACCUUCAAAAGGCUGGUGCUGAAUUGCCUGCUGAUUUGAAAGCAAAGGUUAUGAAGAGUGGAAGAAUCACAUCUCCGCGGAAAAGUCCUAAAAGUCCCAAAAGUCCCACAUUUUCGACUUUUUCUGGCAUGCUUAAGACUAAGAAGGAAGAGGAAAAAAGCAUCCUGAUUGACCAUUUGCACCGGCUGAAUCAGCAUAACAUAUCGGCUUGGAAUAUGAAGAGGUUGAUGAAAAUCGUGCGUAAAGGCGCGCUCACGACUUUGGAUGAGAGAUUGCAAGACUCGGCUGCUGGAGCAGACGAAUCUGCUGUAGAGAUCACUAGUGAAAACCAGGCUAAGAUUGCUGCCAAGAAGAUCUUCUGCAAUGUUGCAAUGCGCGGCUCCAAGUUUAUUUAUCAAGCGGAUUUGAUGCGUUUUAUGAGAGAGGAUGAAGCUGCGAAAACUAUGCGCCUUUUUGAAGGUGCCAAUGAAGGCAAAGGGAUCAGCAAAGCAGCCCUUAAGAAUUGGGUGGUUAACGCAUUUCGAGAAAGGAGAGCCCUUGCUUUAUCUUUGAACGACACCAAAACUGCUGUAAACAAGCUACACCAAAUGUCGAAUGUACUUGUGGGGAUACUCAUCGCGGUCGUAUGGCUCCUCAUACUCAAAUUGGCAUCUACACAUUUACUUAUCUUUACGAGUUCUCAGCUCCUUUUGGUGGCCUUCAUGUUUGGUAACACUGUCAAGACAACAUUUGAGGCAAUCAUCUUCUUGUUUGUGAUGCACCCCUUUGAUGUGGGUGACCGUGUCGAAGUUGAGGGAGUUCAGAUGGUAGUCGAAGAGAUGAAUAUACUAACAACAGUUUUCCUGAGGUACGAUAACCAAAAGAUCAUAUAUCCCAACAGUGUGCUGUCGACCAAGCCCAUCAGUAACUACUACCGCAGUCCAGAUAUGGGAGAUUCAAUCGAUUUUUGUAUCCACAUUUCGACUCCCUUGGAAAAGAUUGCUUUAAUGAAGGAAAGAAUAACAAGGUGCGUUGAGAACAAAAGCGAUCAUUGGCACCCGGCUCCAAUGAUAGUGAUGCGAGAUGUUGAAGAUAUGAACAGGCUGAAAUGGUCAUUAUGGCUAACACACACAAUGAAUCACCAGGACAUGGGUGAAAGAUGGGCAAGGAGAGCCAGUCUAGCUGAGGAGUUGAUCAAAGUCUUCAAGGACCUCGACAUUGAAUACAGGAUGCUCCCACUUGACGUGAAUGUGCGCAACAUGCCGCCUUCUGAUUCAACCAGAGUUCCUUCAAAUUGGUCAGGAUUCUCUGGCUGA